AGGCACCGUGUCGGCGGCGAGCUGAGGGGCGGUGAAGCCGGGGGUGUCGUGAGGCCGAGGGGGUUGCAUCGGUUUUGGUCGAUCGGCUCCGUCUCCCCUUUGUGGGCUUUGAUGAAGGAAAGCUCCUCACCAAGCACUUGUCGGGCUAUGUAGUCUGGACUGAACUGUCCAGAGCAAGCGCUUGGUGUGCCAGCUUCUCUUUUUUUGGCUGCUAUGUGUUGCUUUCUGCUGCGCUUCAGGGGUGGGGUGCUGGUCUUCUAUAAGUAGAAUAUGGCUCGUGAAUCCCACAGCAAGUAUUGUCACAGAAGCUUACGUUGCCUGUUCAGGCCUUACUACUACGAGAACUUUGUUGUCGCUUGUUUCUACAGAAGGGUUACAGAGGGCUGAUGGCUGCUGUGUGAAAGAGUGUUGUGUCUGGAGUCAAGUUUAUUUGUCAAAAGAAAUUGGUAGAGUCGGCCUCUACAAGUGUUGUGCGAUUGCUAAUGCAGAUGGCUUAUUUGUAAAGGACUGCUUACUCCUGUUACAUGGCUGAUGUUUUUAAUUUCUAGAUUAUUUUUCCUGUAUGUUAGAGAUCUGGAAAUUGACUAAUUGAAUUGACCACAUCUGGGAUCUGGAUCUGGAAAUUGAGUUGUUCUAAAUGUAAACUUUCUUGAGGCUUGUCAUAUAUAUGUUGUCUCUGUCUGUUUUGAGGUAUACCAGGGACCCUGCCUGUAAAGCUGGGUAUUCCUUAUUGCUGCUAGUAUUGACAGAUUUGGUUUGUUCGAGCUGUUUGACUGCACUGGUGAGACACCUAGUCUCUCCUCAUCCGCUUUCACUCUUUUUAAAGAAAGGAAAAAAACAGGAAGAAAAAAGAGGAAACAGCUGAUUGUUUCACUGUGUUCAGACAUUUGCUUUUCUACCUUAAGGUCUCUGUAAUCUAUGUGUGGCACCGUGUUUCAUCUCUUCCUUGGCCUUGUUAGGUUGACUUGGAAAGACUGGCCUAGUUUCUCAUUCUUUGCUACCUGCAAUAAGUGAAACUGUGCUUUGUUUUAAUGGAGAAAUGCUGCAGCAUCUGGCCUCUCUUUUCUGCCUUUGAUCUAGCUGGCUAACACUGUAAAAUGGGAAUGGGUGGUUAUACUGCUUUUCAGGCUCCAGUGGUGUCAGAGAACAGAUUAUUCAGCGGUGUUUUUAGGAUGAGCUUAUCCUCUGACAGGUUUUAACAGUUAAAAUACUUUGUUCCUAAAAGGUUUGUGAAAAAACGGGACUUUUCACAAAGGUGUGGUGAACAUGCCAGACAUAUGAUUACAGGUUGAGAUGUCCAUCAAAUUAUACAUUAAUGCCUGCCUUUGUGGACUUCGCUGCUGCUUCUCCAUAAACUGUCUUCUGUUAUUUUCAUUUAUUGUUAUCAAUUGAUGUACUUAGUAAUUGAAUAUGGAGAAAAUGAAAAGAUGCCUCUUUCAAAAUAAGAAAGAGGGACAAGAAGAAUCAGAAGGUGUGCUGGAUAAGGUUGCUAUAGGACUACCUGCUUUAGUUAAAAGUGAAUAUUUGGCCUGGAAUUAAACAAGACUAGAUUAUGCACUGUAGGAUUAUGCCCUUGAUAGUUACGAGUUCAGUGCAAAUCACAUUUGAAGAGGGUCCUCAGUUACCACCAGCAGCAAAUAUAAGCUGUGUGACGUGCAAGGGCCAGUCGGGCCACAGCAUGGUGCUGUGUUGUCAUCUGUCAGCUGAAGCUGUGAAAUUCCCUGUCUCUGUAACCCAGCAGUCUGCAGUUGAUGUUUCUGUGGACACAUAUCAUGUCACUUUGGCUCUGCUGCAGGCUCAGGUGGAGAUCCACUUGGAGGAGAUACAGAAUCAGGGUCUCCUGGUGUCAUGGUCAUUCAAGGACAGACCAGACUUGGAUCUGUCAGUUCUUCCAAGACUUCAGCCUUGUGAGAAGAAUGAAGGGAAAGCGGAUCUGUCCACCAUAAAGGAUCUAAUUGAGGAUACUAUUGUCAGCACGCAGCCAGCCAUGAUGGUGAAUCUGAAGGCUUGCACAGCAGGAACUGGCACAGUAUCCAGCAGUAAGGUGACCCAAGAGUCUCCAUACAGUGUAGUAGAAGCCCCUCUGGGUUCAAAGCUGUUGCUCCGGAAUCUUCGUGUGCUGAACUUAGGCUCACAGAGGAAUGGAGGAGUUGGGGAGAUAUGCUGUGUUGCAGAACUAGACAGUCCCCCACAGCAGAAAUGGACAAGGCCAGUGAGAGCUGGUAGUGCUGGCAUUGCUGCAGAGAUGGAGUGGAAUGAAGAGCUGUUUCUUGAGUUAGGACCCAGAAGUAAGGAGCUGAAGCUGCAAGUGCUGGGGGACAGUGGCAAAGGGGAAGGUGUGCUUCUGGCACAUGCUACUCUUUUGCUUGAUUCUUUGGGCAAACAACCCUCUGGGAGACAGGUCUGCUCACUGGCCUCAGGAGCUGGGCAGCCCCUGGCAGCUGAAGCUACCAUUGUAUUGGAGCUUUUAUACCAGGAUUCUUCUGCAUCUCUGAAUGCUCAGCAUGCCACAUCUCUGCAUACCAGCAUCACCCCCACCAAGAAGGUGGAAAUGGACCGGACCAUCAUGCCCGAUGGCACCAUUGUGACUACUGUCACCACAAUUCAGUCCCGACCCAAGGUGGACUGUAAGCUGGAUUCACCUUCAAGGUCACCAUCCAAGGUGGAAGUGACAGAAAAGAAGACAACGGUGCUUUUGGAAAGCAGCUGUCCUCACAACUCCUUGCCUAGCAGCAGCCGGGACAGCGAGAUGCCCAAUGGCUUGGAUCCGGUGGCUGAGACGGCAAUCAGGCAACUAACUGAGACAAAUAACAAGCCUGCCAAGAAGACCCCAACAAAACGUAGCACGCUGAUCAUCUCAGGAGUUUCCAAGGUACCUCUUGCUCAAGAUGAAAUGGCACUUUCUCUGGGUUAUGCUGCAUCCAUGGAGGCCACAGUAUAUGGGGAUACUGUCGCAGUGUGUGCAUCUGACCAGGUGCAUGAUUUGACUGAAUCAUCACAGCCACUGGAAGCGUCACCAUCAGAACAAAGAGCCAGUCAGGAGCUGGAUGAGACGACGCGCUCUGACAUCUCUGAGAGGCCGUCUGUGGAAGAUGUUGAGUCUGAAACUGGCUCCACAGGAGGCCUUGAGACCAGGAGCUUGAAAGAUCACAAAGUUAGCUUUCUUCGGAGUGGUACCAAACUCAUCUUCCGGAGAAGGAGCAAGCAGAAGGAAGCUGGCCUCAGCCAGUCACAUGAUGACUUGUCCAACGUCACCGCUAGUUCUGCCACCAAGAAGAAAGCUGGCAGCUUCUCCCACCGCCUCAUCAAACGCUUCUCCUUCAAGUCUAAAUCCAAACCUAAAACUAGUGACAACACAACAACAGCCCGUGGCUAUGGGAGGUGACUGUUCCCUGCUGGCUGGAAGAAUGCUGCACCAGACCUGACUGCUGAGAAGAAGGAAGAGAGGCACCAAGCCCUGCAACGGACCUCUUGGGAGUUGUGUGCAUUAGUGACUUUGCACUCGGCAAGCGGCUGUGCUGAGUGUAGGAGCCUUACAUAUCAUGGGAGUCAGGUGGUGCCCUUGUACUCCACAAGGGCUGUAUCAGUGGGAUGGUUCUGGAGGAAUCAUGUGUUUGGACAAGAAGAGAGUGGUGAUGGGGGAAGCUGUAGUCUUCUAGCAUGAGCCUUAGGAACAGUCAUGUUCAUUCUGACUGCCUUCAGUGAGGAAGGUGUUUUCUAGUCCUUCCCUGUGGUGUGAGGAGGUGUGGCUUCUUUUGGCUUCCUGAGAGACAUGUACUGUGCUCAUCCACUAUGUGCUAACCAGGUGUGCCCUGAUAGCAUGUAGGCAGCAUCAGCACUGCUCUCACUGCUGUUACCAGGGAAGUGACAAAUGCCAGUGCAAGCUAAGUCUGAACCGAGAGGUGAAGAAAACCUGGGGAGGAAAUUAUGGUUGUUUCUGGCCCCUAAUGGUGGAAUGUCGGAUCUGUAGCUGCGAGGAUCACACAUACACAUCUGUGCUCCCCUAUCUAUUAGAAAUUUCACCAAUUGCCUUUGAGGACAGACUGGAAUCAAAAUAUAUGGGCCAUCAUAGCUUGUCCAUCGAUAAACCUUCCGUUGGUGGACAGGCAGACCCAAUUGGC